CGACGUUGGGUUGGGGUCAUAAACAUGGCGUGGAGAGGAUAUUUUGUCAAAUGGACCAAAACAGAAUGUAUAAAUUCUGUCUCCACAGUUUCGAGAGGUAGCAGGUUCAACCUCCACCCCCAGCAGAGGUGUGGUUUCCGGAAAGAAGCGAGGAAACCAGAGACAUGGAAGAGGGACCGGGGCAUCCCAGAAGAAACAGGCCCUCCCCCCUCUGAGGCUGCCGAUGCGAUGGUGUCUCGGAAAGCGGUGCCCCCUAAAACAGGACCCCCACCCCCUGGCGCGGCCCCCAGGCGUACGGGGAAGCUGUUCAAGCCCUUUAUGUUCACAAUAGGGUUUACAGGGUGCUCCUUUGGUGCGGCCGCCAUCUUGCAAUACGAGUCCUUGAAGUCACGAGUGAAGACGGCCAAGGACGAGGCUGAGCAGGAGAAAAGCGGAAAGGCAUCGCAAGACAUGACAUACUGGCACAACUGGUGGAACCAGCUAACAGACUUCCAGAAACAGGUCAUCUUGCUCAUGUCCUUUGUGGACGAUUUCUGGAGCAGCCUGACUGAGGGUCAGCAGAUGGCCACCGGGAUCAUAGCGGUCAAUGCUGUGGUGCUCUGCUGUUGGCGAAUACCCUCCAUGCAACGAUCCAUGGUCAAGUACUUUACUGCCAACCCAGCCUCCAAGACGCGGUGCCUUCCCAUGCUCCUCUCCACCUUCAGCCAUUACUCUAUAAUCCACAUGGCGGCCAACAUGUACGUCCUGUGGACCUUCUCCUCCAGCAUCGUCUCUCUCCUGGGGAAGGAGCAGUUCCUCGCUGUCUACCUCUCUGCUGGUGUGAUCUCCACUAUGGUGAGCUACGUGUGUAAGACCAGUACGGGACGCCUGCAUCCCUCUCUUGGGGCGUCAGGGGCCAUCAUGACGGUCCUGGCCGCGGUCUGCACCAAGAUGCCCGAGGCCAAACUGGGUAUCAUCUUCCUGCCCAUGGUCAGCUUCACUGCAGGCAACGCCUUGAAAGCGAUCGUUGCCAUGGAUGCAGCGGGUCUCAUUAUGGGAUGGAGGCUGUUUGAUCAUGCGGCUCACCUUGGAGGAGCCCUCUUCGGAGUGUGGUAUGUAGCAUACGGCCACAAGCUGAUGUGGAGGAAAAGGGAGCCACUGGUCAAGGCAUGGCACAGCAUGAGAUCUCAGGCCCCUGGUGGACGGGGCAGAUCUGGGGGUUCGGGCGGUGACGGGGGCAGACCUGGUCCUGUGUAGGACCCCCAACAUGCCACUCUGGGAAGUUGGCCCAUAACCACUGAUCAGGUGUCAGAUAUUCUUCACCCCCCCAAAUUGGUUAGGAUUGGCUAUAGGGGGUAUCUGAUCCUAAAUCUGUGGUUAGGGGGAAUCUUCUACCUCAAGAAGCCUUUUUUUGGUACGAAUGCCUGGUGAUAUCUGUGGAGGGCGGGACCCAGCACCCCAAACCUCUGUUCUUCUAAUUGGCGCGUUCCUCUGUCCAGGCGUUGCUGACGCAUGCCAUAUCUUACAACGUCUGGAUAGGUAUUUUAAGUAUCAGCCAACCACAUCAUAUGUUAUAGCAAUCUGGAGCUCGACGGCACGCAACUAUUGGUUGAUGCAUGCAACGUCUGAGCAGGGGAACUCAACCAAUCUAAUCAGGGAGAGUGGACAUAUUUGUGAUAUUUGUAUUUCAGACAGCACUCUAUUGUAACUAAGUCCUAAGGGAUGAUUAAUUUGGUUUGAUAAGUGGCUGUAAUCUAGUACAAAUGUUGGCGGCUUUAUCAUUAUGGGGUAGAUUCUAUGAAGAUGUGAGAUGUUACCAUAGAGAUAUUGUAUGUCUGGUUGAUACAGAGACUGCUUCCUGUUUGUAAGGAAGUGGUUAACGGAGAAUGACCGUCCUGGACUAAAACAACAAACUUCCUCAUAAGAACUUCAACUUCCUUGUAGUUUGUAGAUGUGCCGGCGCUGCCAGAGGUUUCUGAAAGGUUGAGGUGCUUAUAUCUUAACAAAAACGUAACAUAACAAAAACGCCAAAAAUGUCCUCAACACUGCUGUACUCAUUUCAUGGUACUCUAUUAUUAAAAAGGUCACCUUCAUCUUCACUGGGGUAGUACAUUUGGGUUUAAAGGGAUACUUCAGGAUUUUGGCAAUUACGCCCUUUCUCUACUUCCCCAGAGUCAAGAUGAACUCAUGGAUAUCAUGUUUAUAUCUGCAUGCGGUAGAGGUAGUUUUGCUGGCGCAAGGCAGUGUCUCUGGACCCCUCGAAGGGUCGGAGUUCGUCCCCCUCUCCUCCCUGAAAUAAAAAUCGAAUGCGUCAGCCAGACAGCCAUUCACAAAGUAUAGACUACAGAUUGCUGUCCGUGGUGCUGAAAUUGCGACGUGUCUAUGCAGCGGCCGAUCGAAUCAACCUGGUCUCAGAGCAUUUUGUAUUGUUCUGUAUGUAAAUCCGAGACACUCCAUUUAGUAUAAUAUGUUACUAAUAUGCAGAGCGCACAUUGUUAAAAUUUUGCAAUACGUGUUAUGUUAUGAAUUCUAGCUAGGUGGCUAACAUUAGCUAGGCUAGGGGUUAGGGUUACGUUUAGGAGUUAGUUUAAAGGGUUGGGGGAAUGGUUAGCUAACAUGCUAAGUAGCAAGUAGUUAAAGUUGCUAAAAUGCUAAAGAUCUCCGUAAUGAGAUUUGAACUUGCAACCUUUGGGUUGGUAGACAUUCGCGUUAUACGCCAAGUAACCAUCUGUCUUAUGUAACCAGACUAAAUGGAGUGUCCUUAGAUUUACGUACAGAAUAAUACGAAAUUCUCUGAGACCAGGCUGAUCGAAUUGAUGAUAGGCUUUCUGUGGUGCCCGAGCAUGUAGCCUAUAGCUUUGCUUCAGCUAAUGGAUAUGUUUAUUAGGCCUAUUUGGUUGUCAUUUUCUCAUGUUAAGCCUAACAUUUCACUAAGCUAUACAGGGUGUUGCAAGGCUGCCAUGAUUUAGACUGCUGGCUGGCGGCAAUAAUGUAAUUACUUGUUCUGUAAUUAAAGUUAGAAAUUCCAACAUUGCAGAUUGAUCAAAUACAUUUUCGUUACAACAGAAUACUAAUCGGCAACCAAUUGGUUAAAAAAAUACAACUGUCCUGUAUAGCUCACCUGAACCUGCAUGACAUGAGCCGUCCUCAUGCUUUCUCCCAGCUUGGAUAGAAAGUUGUGUGUAAAACCAGUCUAAUGCCAAAUAAUAGUCAGCACACCCUCAACACACCAGCUUACGUUGUUCCAUUAUGCAGUGUAGCCUAGCUAUAUACAGUAUUUAUAUAAAUUACACAUCAAAUAGCCUAACAAUGAGGACAAAUCCUUGGAUACAUUUUGCCACAAUUUAGUGAACUCAGCAGGUUUUGUCUGGCUAAUAGAUUACAGAAAUGAGCUGCAAUCAAGGUAUAUUAAGUCCAACUUGAGACUCCCCCGAGCUUCUGAGACAUUUUACAUUAUAUGUCCAUUACGCUGCACACAAUUUAAACUUCGUCUUGAAUGAUGUAUGCCAAGAUAUACCAGAGAUAAGACUGUUUAUUGCUACCACACAACUCAAACACAGGAUCACCAGUAUGAAUAAAAUCGCAAACCUGCUUUUUUAGUUUGAGCCCCCCAAGAACUGUUGUCCAGUAUCCUAUACAGUUACUCUUUCCGGAACGUCUUGAAGCCGGCAAUUAAAGAUGUUGCUAUGGCAAUCAAGCUGUUUUUAACCGUAACUGUCGCUUCUACCGAGAGAUGGUUUUAUAAACUCACAAAGAACUACUUAAGAAUUAAACAUUAGGUUCUCGGUCUGAUAUGCGUUUUUGAACACCUGCCCAGUGGGCAAAACCUGGUUGAAAAGACGUCAGUAUGACUGCUCAUUCUAGUUGGAAAAGGAUGUUGUUUUUUUACGUAUUUGUCUGACCAAAAUACGACCAGUUGGUCAUAAUUGUGACCACUAUAUUAUGUAGCCUACUGGUCAUAGUUAAUACCAUCAUAACCUGGUAAUGACUACAGCUUAUUACCUACUGUAAAAAAAAUAUUGCAGAGAAUAAAGUUGGAAAUUGAAAAGUGUUCAUUACAUUUGUGUUUCCAUAGUCAACAAUUAAAGUUUAAAUCUGCAACAUAUUCUUACAUUUAAAAUAGAUCAAGCAAUAGCAAAAACAAAUCUACGUCACCAUUUUUUGUACACAGUAAUUGUUUCAUAAUUCAUGCACAGACAGGGACACAGAGUAUAUAAAGACCCAUUGUGUUUAAUUUUAUGAAUGAUUAAUAUAAGAGUGGUGUGAUUGGGUAGGUCCUCAUCAAGGACCUCCGAGCACAGAAGUCGAUCUGGAGCGUAGUGGCCCUCCUGAAGAGUCGUGUGAUGGGUCAGAUCUGGAGCGUAGUGGCCCUCCUGAAGAGUCGUGUGAUGGGUCAGAUCUGGAGCGUAGUGGCCCUCCUGAAGAGUUGUGUGAUCGGUCAGAUCUGAAGUGAAGAGAAUUGGUGCAUUACAACCUUUAUCAAUUUGAGAUUUUAAAAGAAAACAACUAGAAAAGGAGAUUCCUGAAGAAACUUUGGACUUAGCCGGCUAUGAAUAUUUCCAUGGUACUAGUUAAAGACGUUUGUGGCAACUUGCUCAUGUACAUAGUUUUCCUCCUCCACCAGGAGGCAUAUUUUAGGACUUUCCAGAGGUCCCGCAACACAUCAACCUCCUGAGUUUUCUGGCUUUUCUUACUAUAAACAUAAAAAGAGAAGAAAAUAAAUAAAUGAACGACUGGCAUAAUGUGGGCAUGCAGGACACGACAGAACAGUAACGCGCAGUAAAAUGUCUUUUAACAAUUAAAAUCUACUGAAAAUGUC